GAAAAAGUCAAGGGGUCUGAAUACUUUCCGAAUGCACUGUGUACUUGGGAUAUCGCUUUUCAACACUAAAAGUAAAAAAUCCCUGGAGCACAUCUUUAAGCUUUUCAAUCAAUUGUUUUUGUUUGACAUACAUUUCAAUGUGAAAAAUCUAAAUAUCUGCAUAAUUCCAUUACUAUGGAAUUGCCCUUUGCUAACGUCAACAUUGGUGCCAUUGUUGACUUUCAUAUGGGCUUUGUUGAGCCUUUUCAUCUUAUUUAACAUUUGGGUGGUUUGUUUUGUUAUUGACGGGUCACGAGUCUGUUCAUCAUUGGCUGAAGAUGGAUCCAGGGGAUAAAUAUGGGAGAUAUGAAAGAAGUGAUCAACCAGAAGAGCGUUUUGAUCAUUCAUUGCAUUGGAGCGAGGUUAAAGAGGAGGCUGAAGAAAGUCAGAUUUCAGCUGUGUCAUUAGGAGUUGAAACAUCCCAGGUCUGUACAAAGGAUGACCCUGAUGAACAAGAUCCCUCAUUUGACACAGUUUCAGACAUCCAUGGAGUCACAGAGCAAGAGCGUGGACAUAAAGGCAUAACAUAUCUCAAAGUAAAGGUGCUGCCUUCUCCAGUCCCAGUCAAAGAGGAGUCUGAAGAAUGCUCCCUAAUACCAGUAGAUGAAGAGGAAGUUGCCUCAAUUACAGUGAAGAAAGAAGAGCAUGAAGACUGGUUGAAGUCAGAAGAUGAGGAUGUUGUGAAAGUGUCAGUGCCUUGGGAGCCGUUGGAAACAUCACCAUCAUCAUCAUGUUCAGAUACAGAGGAUACAGAGGACAGUGAGAUGGAAAGUGAUAAUGUGCGAGACUGUGAAAACCAUGAAAGUGACAUUUCAGGAGGAUUAAAGAUUGAAGAUUGUAGCAGGAUUGAUCCAGGGAUGACGCCAGAUACAGAUGUGAAAGCUAAUGCUGUUGAUUUCAAUGAAUCUAAAGGGCGGUCCACCUCUUUCUACCCAUGCCCCCAUUGUACACUUGGUUUCACCAUAGAACGUUUUUUCCACGGGCACCUCAAGAGGGCCCACCCUGAAGAGUACAUCACUCUGCUGAAGUCUGGGGAAAUAAUAGCAAAAAAAAAAAAGUGUUCACAGCUGCCCCCAGCCAUGUGCCUGCAAUGUGGCAAGAGCUUCUCCAAUAAGUAUGUUAUGGAAAAGCAUCAGACGAGUCACACAGGAGAGAAACCAUAUCACUGUGCAGACUGUGGGAAGAGCUACGUCUUUGCUGAUUCACUCAAAAAACAUCAAAAAAGAUGUGGGAAAGGAUUCCGAAGACAAACCCAACUGACCAGCCAUGAAACGAUCCCCACAGGAGAGAGACCAUAUAAAUGCUCUCAGUGUGGAAAAGGAUACCGAAAACCAGCCAAUCUAAAAGCACACCAGAAAACCCACCCAGGAGAAAAGCCUUAUCAGUGCUCUCAGUGUGACAAAUGUUUUGGCUUUUCCAGGGACCUUAAGAGACACAGAUGGACUCACACUAGUGAGAGACCAUAUAAAUGCUUUGAGUGUGGGAAAGGAUUUGUCGAACAAACCCAACUGACUAGCCAUGAACUUAUCCACACAGGAGAGAGACCAUAUAAAUGCUCUCAGUGUGCAAAAGGAUACCGAAGACCAGCCCAUCUAAAAAGACAUGAAAUGACCCACACUUAAGAGAGACCCUAUGAUUGCCUCAGGUGGAAGAAGUCAUUCUACUGGCUGGAAGCUUUGUUAACUUCGAACUUUGAUAUGCCCGUAGAGUAUAUUAUGUAAUGUUCAACAAUAUAUUGAACAAUUAGCUACAUCGAAAAUGAUAUAUCUUCAAUAUUCAUGUUUAUAUUUUAGAAUAUUUAUAAAUUAAUGUUAGAAAAUUGUUUUUAAAUCAAAUUAUUACUCAUAUUACAGAGCAAGCGGUAACAUUUAAUAUCACAUCAAUUUUGGUUUUGUAGCACCUACAGAUGAAACAUUAUGGAGUCUUAAAUGAUGGCCGUGAUCGGGAGUCCCAAAGGCGGCGCACAA